AUGUCAGUCUUUUUCGAUUCACCGAUCAGUGAGGACCUUGUCCCCGCAGGCGAGGCAGAACUACUACUGGCGAACAUUGGUGUUGAUCAGGGUAUAGCGCCAGAAGAAUCAAGUGACUACCGACAACUUUUAGCUGCAGUACACGACGUUGCGGAACAUAUCCUUCGGCUGCCAGAUUAUGUCAUUCGACCAGAUAUUGAGAGAUAUCCUCGCGAGAAAUUGCGGCGUCCAGAUGCGAAUGAGCAAGAUUUUGGAAAGGCAUGGGCUCACAAGUUUUUGAUUCGAGGCAACGCCAGAGGCGGCGUCCUGAGUGGCAAAAGUCUUUGUCUAAAGGACAACAUAGCAGUUGCCGGCGUGCCUCAGUUCUUCGGCACAGAUGCUAUCCCUGCAUGGAUACCCGAAGCUGAUGCCACGGUGGUCAAGAGAGCAUAUGAGGCCGGUGCGGAUAUCGUGGGAACGACCAUCUGCGAAAAUUUUUGCAACUCUACAUCAUCUUUUACGAGCGCGCAAGGGACGGUUCACAAUCCGUAUGCCCACGGAUACUCUGCCGGUGGAAGUACUUCUGGUGGCUCAGCUGUAGUUGGUGGUAGCCUAGUUGACAUCGCUAUUGGAGCCGACCAAGGAGGCAGUAUCAGAGUACCUGCGUCCUUCUGCGGAUUUGACUCUCUCGCAGGCGUUGGCAUGAAGCCCACACAUGGCUUGGUCCCAUAUACAGGAAUCUCAAGUGGUGAUUCCAUCAAUGAUCAUGCUGGCCCGAUCGCAAGAAACGUGAAGGAUGUCGCUUUAUGCUUAGACGCUAUAAGCGGACGGGACGACUUUGAUGAUAAGACACUCGGCGCUCCUCUCCACGGCUCGACUCGAUACUCGGAAAAUCUCCAGGCCUCCGUCAAAGGCAUGAAGAUCGGCAUUCUGACAGAAGGUUUCGAGCAUCGCCUUGUCGAUGCCAAUGUCAAAGCCACCGUCCUCGAUGCUGUCAAGUCUUUAGAGAAGCUAGGUGCUACUGUAAGAGAAGUAUCACUUCCUUUGCAUUUGGAAGGACCCGCAGUCUGGACGAUCCAGCAAAGAAUAGCAGGCACACUAGGAAUGAUGGGCUAUGCACAUGGAAGAAGAGGUCUCUUCUCGACGAAGUACGAGGAAGCACGCCAGCCAUGGACGAACGAAACGUUCCGAAAGCUGUUUCCAUCGACAAAGAAUACUGUCAUCAACGGCUUGUCCCUGAUGCAAAACUAUCCUGGUCUCUACGUCAAGACGAUGAACAUCGCACAGCAGAUGAGGGAUGCAUAUGAAGAACUGUUUGAGGAGUACGAUCUCAUCGUCAUGCCGACGACGCCAUUCGUGGCACCCGCCAACGUGGACUGGAAACAGGGAGACUCGCCGAUGGAUGCACUCAGGCCCAGUAUGGGCAUUACAACAAACACAGCCAUCUUCGAUAUUACCGGUCAUCCAGCUAUGGCUCUGCCUGUAGGGUUCGCACCUGCCAAAGAAGAUGCGAAUGUCAUGCUGCCUGUUUCAAUACAACUAGUUGCAGGCCUGUGGCAAGAACAGAAGAUCCUCGACGCCGGCUUUGCUUGGGAGACCGCGAACGAUUGGAAACGGACUGGUGGAAAUAGCAAUCAGGAUACGGUGGUGCCACCAAAGCUUUAG